GGUUUUGGCAUGACUUUGACAAAACACAAACAUUAAAAAUUCUAGAUGAAACGUAUUUAUUUGAUAUUUAUUAUUGCAUAACAUUUGUAUAAAUCUGAAAUCGUCGUAAAGCUUACUUUGAAAUAUGAAUGAAAUUGAAAUCGGGUCCGAGCAAACCUGUGUUCCAGAACCCGAUUAUACUAAUUGUUUGAUAUCUGUUCAGAAUGGUAGUAACUUGUCGUAUGAUUAUUUUUUCGAGGAUUUCAUUUUGAAUAAUUUACCAUGUGUUGUUAAAAAUGUAAGCUUAGAUUGGAAUUGUUCCAAGCAAUGGGUAAAAAAUGGAGAUAUAAAUUAUGAGCAUUUUAUUAUUGAAUAUGGAGACUUAGAAGCUCCUGUCGCAAAUUGUAAUAAAUUGAAUUUUAACGCGCAUCCCAAGCAAUGUAUGAAAGUGAAAGAUUACAUGUCUUAUUUAAGUAGUAGUAACAAAGAUGAACUUUUAUAUCUUAAGGACUGGCAUUUGAGAAGACUAAAACCAGAUGAUAUAUUUUAUGAAGUACCUAAAAUCUUUGCAUCAGAUUGGCUCAAUGAAUAUGCACAAGAUAAUAAGGAAGAUGAUUUUAUGUUUGUAUAUAUAGGACCAAAAGGAUCUUGGACUCCUUUGCAUUGUGAUGUUUAUUCAUCAUAUAGUUGGUCAGUAAAUAUAGUUGGCAGAAAGAAAUGGAUUAUGUUUCCUCCUGGUGAGGAAAACAAACUUAAAGAUAAAUUUGGCAACUUACCUCCAUUAUUUGAUUCAAAAACAUAUCCCAAUGUGAAGUAUUUUGAAGUGACUCAAGAUAAGGGUGAUGCAAUUUUUGUACCUUCAGGAUGGCAUCAUCAAGUUGAAAAUACACUUGAUACAAUAUCAAUUAAUCAUAACUUUAUUAAUGGCAGUAAUUUAGAAUUUGUUUGGGAAGCCUUUAAAAAUAAUUUGUCUUCUGUUGAAAAUGAAAUCAAAGAGUUUAGUAAUACUCCCUGUUUUGUUUCUCAGUGUCAACGGAUGCUAAAAGUUGUAUUUGGUAUGGACUACACAGCAUUUAUUAAAUUUAUCACAUAUAUAGGUGAAAAAAGAGUCCAACAAUGUCAUGGCGCAAAACUAUAUAGUUUCAAUAAGUUCCUUUUAGGAAUAAAUCAUUUGAAGUUUGAUUUACAUAUUUUAAUAAAAAUAUUAUAUCAAAUACAGCAACAUCCCUUAUAUCAAAGUGAUUACCUUAUACCAGAUGAAAAAAACAAUGUAGAGGAUAUGAUUAACAAUAUUAAAGUAUUACUCAAUUAAGUAUUCAAAUUAUU